AUGAUGCUCUCGUCUUCAUCGUCGAGCUCGUCGGGUCGGUGGCGGUCAUCACACUCGCAGCUGGUAUCCCAGCAGCCGUUGCGACCGUAUCACCAGCGGGAGCAACAGUCGCAAGAAAUGUUGCAGGGGAACGCCCAUUUCGCCUCUCUCCUGCAGCGACCUCGAGAGGGCCCUCCACAGCCUCAGGUGGUUACACACACUACCGUUCCUGGGCCGCUUGUUGCCCCUGCCUUACCAGCCCGGCAGCAGCAGCAGUUGCCGGUCCCCAGGCCGUCGUCCUGCGCCACACCUGCGACCUUCUCACCGAGGGCCUUUGUGCAGGUGCAGCCGCAGCUGCAGCGUGGAUGCGAGGAUGUGCAGCACCAACGUGUGCCGGCUGGUGGCACCAGCGCGACGGUGGCGAGUGUUGGUGGCGGCGACGGCCUUGACGACUCCUCUUCUCCUGCCCCUAGCACUGCCAACGUGGCGGAGUGGUGGUCGCGUGAUGGUUCUCUUCUAUCACACCAGGACGAGAGCGACAGCACAUCCUGCGACGGGACGUACCAGCUCGCCACGACCAGCUCCACGAUGACCGACCAACGUUCUGCCUCACCCAAACAAGCUGCACCAGUGGAGCUGGGCGAUGAUGCGACUUGCUUGUCCGACCUGCGGCGGCGGGUGGCGGCUCAGGUUGAGAAGUGCGGCCCUAGGCGGCCAGCAGGGCCAGGCGCCGCCGCCGCCAGCACCGCUCUCGUAUCACAAUCGUUGUCGACGUCGUCGUGCGGCUGCCCAACCAGCUGCACGUGUCGCAGCGACACACCAGACGGCGAUGUCUUUGUCGUCUCGGCCGAUGCUCACAGAAGGGCGAGACGAGCGUCGCAUGCACGUCCUGCAAGGCAGCCACACACACCAAGCACCGCUGCGCGACGUGACGCGUACCCAAGCUGCAAAGCGAGGGGAACACAGUACAUGACUUACUGCAGUGACGCCUCGUCGGAAACAGGCACAACACCAGUGCAGUGGAGCAGUGACAAGGACAGUGACAGCCUCUGCAGCUCCUGCUGUCGUUGUCACUGUGAUUGCAGCCUUUCUUUCCGUGAGCGGCGUCACGCUCAACACGAAGACACUGAGUUUCCAUCCAAGCUGUCCACCGCGAGCAGCACCGAGGGUAGCCGCGGAAGUGGCGACGAUGCAUCGCUGUGCAGUUUUUGCAGAGGUGCCGCCCACGCAGGUGCCAUGCGGCGACGUGGUACUGCUGCAUCCUUCACCCACCAAGAUAACCCGUGCCGUGAUGCCCUGCGCGGGGAUCGACUGAGUGCAGAGGUGCCACUUUUACUACGCCUCUCUACCUCAGGCGCUUCCUGUGUUCCCAUGGGAGGGAGUGCAGGGUAUGCCGCGACGAGGGUGGAGCUCGAGCAGGCGGAUCGAAGGUUGGCAUGCCUGCAGGGCGCCCCCGCACUCCUCGGCGACGCAGCUGGUGAGCGCCGUGGUGCGUACGACGGUGUCACUGCAGCGGUAAGGCAGCCGGACCGUUGCACAGGGAGCGCGCAGACAGAGGCCGUCACUGCAACUGCGCCGACGGCUAGCCAGUCAGAGGAGCAGCGCUGCCGCCACGCUGAGAAAGAGGCGGCGGAGUGGAAGUCCCUCGCUGCUGCUCACUGUGCUGAGGUAGCCCUGCCACUACUGCAGGACGAGCUGGCCAGCUUUGAGGCCCGCACGGCCGUGCAGCAGCAGGCGCACCUCGAUGUCGUGGCAGCACAAAUGCGGGCUUUCCAUGAUGAGGUGCGACAGCGCACGCGGGAGCUGAUGGACCUCCAGCUGCAGUACCAGCGCCAACUGGAGCAACAGCAUGUGACUCAGCAAGGAGAAGCGGAGGCGGCAGGGCGCACUGCUGCCCGUGUCGACUGCGCCACUUCCCCGAUGGAGACUUCUCGCGCGGCAGCAGCAGGUGAGCCAACCCCGAAAGCUGCGCCGCCUUCCGUGCCACUGCAGCGUGACGUCGGGACACAGCACUCGGACGGAACCCUCGAGCUUCUGGCAGCUGUGCGCACAGAGGCUGCCUCGUGGGUGGCGCAGCAGCUGCUCUUCAUGGAGGCCGAGCGACGCGACACCGUGGCGCAGGACGAGGCUGAGUCUCGCGACCGACUCCUCAACGUUGUGGAAGGACCUUGCCGUUCUCAGCUGUUGCUCUGCCAGGCGCAGCUGCUCCACUGGCAGCAAGAGUGCGCUGCAGUACGUCAGCGAACCUUCUUAGCAGCCGACUUACACGCGCUGGAGCUACGUGAGCGACUUGCGCGGCAAGAGCUGACUGGGGAGUCUUCCCUGGCGCAGCACGAGCUCUUCGAAUCCUUUGAGAAGCAACGCUGUCAAGCUGCGGAGGAGGCAGUGCAUUCUCAGGUGAAACUGCUCAAGGACGAGCUCACCAGCGUGCAAUCAAAGCUCGAAAUGGUUGAAGCCGAGCACGCCGACACUCUUGAGCACGCGAGGCAGCUUCGCCUGCAGCUCGUCCAUGCGUUGCGCAUGCCCACCGUGACGCUCGUCGAUCGCUCGGCCGUGUCUACAGCGACUUGUGUGGCGGGUGAUGCAGCCAUCGCCGCUGCCGCCUAUGCCUAUGCCACUGCAACAGCAGGAACAGAGCACGGCGGCGCGGUGGGUAUACUGGGAGAGACUUCUCAAGGUGGUACUGAUAUCACUUCGAAUGCUCACGCUGCUUCAUCGACGGGAUUAGGCACCGGUGCGGUCGGGUGGCACACUCUGUUGAGCGGCAUUGACGGAGGACUUGACUUGCCUGUGCAUCGGCGCUUUGCUCACGCGCAUCAGGAGGCUCUGCGCGUGACCCGGGCACAGAGUCGCACUGUGUGA